AUGGCCAAGACCUGCUACUAUCAGGAAAACGAACUGUCACAAAUUGUCUACAUCUUUAUUUUCACCACCACAAGCAUCGAAUGCAUCAUUGGAGUCAUUGCAAAUGGGUUCAUCAUGGCUAUAAACGCGGCUGAGUGGGUUCGGAAUAAGGCAGUUAACACGAGUGGGAGAAUCUUGUUUUUCCUGAGUGCAUCCAGAAUAGCUCUUCAGAGUUGUGUGAUGAUAGGAACUGUUCUCAAUUCAGCCUUCCCAAGUUUGUAUAACCACAAUGUUUUAUAUGGUAUAUUCAAAAUCAGCUACAUGUUCUUAAAUUAUUGCAGCCUUUGGUUUGCUGCCUGGCUCAGUUUCUUCUACUUUGUGAAGAUUGCAGACUUCUCCAACCCUCUUUUCCUCAAGCUGAAGUGGAGAAUUUCCAGAUGGAUGCCCUGGCUUCUGUGGCUAUCCGUGUUCAUUUCCAUGGGGUUCAGUGUGCUCGUUGUCAAGGAGCACACUGAAUUAUAUUGUAGCAACACUUUUUCUAUCUCCUCCUCCAACUCCACGGAUAAGAAGUACCUCACUAAGGCCAAUGUGGUCAACAUGGUCCUUCUCUAUAAUCUGGGAAUCUUCCUUCCUCUCGUCAUGUUCAUCCUGACAGCCACGCUGCUGAUUGCCUCCCUCAGGAGGCAUGCCCUGCACAUGGAAAGCAAUGCCACUGGCUCCAGGGACCCCAGCAUGCAGGCCCACAUGGGGGCCAUCAAAGCCAUCAGCUACUUUCUCGUUCUCUACAUCUUCAAUGCAGUUGCUCUAUUUCUCUAUAUGUCCAAUAUCUUUGAUACCAACAGUCCCUGGAACAUUUUGUGCACAGUCAUCUUAACAGCCUACCCUGCUGGACACUCAGUUCUGCUGAUCUUCGACAACCCUGGGCUGAGAAGAGCCUGGAAGAAGCUGCAGCACCGAGUUCAUCUCUACCUAAAAGAGCAGACUCAGUGACCAGCAGCCAGGGAGCACCACAGGAGCUGGCUCCUCAGCUCUUCAUUUUCACCCAAAACUUCUCUCUUUUCUCCUCUUUUCUUCCCCAAACCUAUCCUGAUCCUUUCACCCAAAGCAG